CUGCCACAAUCUGGAAACAUUUUGGGACUAUUUAAGGGCAGUUUCUGGAUCUUGUACAAAUAAACAAGGGAAUGCGGAGUGAGUUUUUCCAGUUACUGCCUGGACUUGUGGAACACUGAGUCACUUUAGACUCUUCGGUUUCUUGGAGAGAUUAUAUACUCGGAGAACGUGCUGCUAUUUUGUGUUUGGAUCACUGGAUUUACUAAGGGAGCGAGAGAGAGAGUAACCCGGGAUUUUCACUGACAAAAAGCAUUUGUUUGCUUGAAUCUAUGAAACUAGAGUGCAUGCUGGUGGAAGUGAAAGUAGAGAUGGAGCAUGUGCCACUCUAACAGGUUUUCUGUGCUGGAUUUCACUUUAUAGUAUUGAAGAUAACAUGGAGAGUGAGGACAAAUCUCCAGCUAGUCCUCUCCACAAUAUAGUCUCUUCAGAGUUUUUGAUAUCAGAUUCGCCACGUUCAGCUGUGCUCACAUCCUAUCGAACACUUUCUGACAAAGAUGUGGAUCUACAUCCUGUAAGCCACAGCGACAUUGAAAUCACACAGGAUGAUGAUACUGGUGUGGCAGAUCCAUUGAGCUCAAGAUCUGGAAAUGGUUUUAUCACGUCUAAAGAAGAGGAGAAGGCUGGCUCGUCUAAUGGAUGCCUUUAUUCACCUGUUCUGGAUGCAGAAAGGCCUUCAUGUAUGUCCUCUGAUAAUAUGUCAGAUCCGUAUCUUGUGCAGGUAACAAGAGUGGAAACAUACAUUGAUGACGAUGAGGAGGCAACGAGCAUCCAGAGAAGUUCAGGUGAACUUAGAGAGGAAUCGCUCAGUUUUGAUAAGGAUGAAGGCAAAAUAAUUAAUUCAAAUCAGCUGCCUGUUUUUGACAGCGGUCGUGAAGUAUCUGAGGAGGAAUUUAAGCUGCCUGAGAGUCUUGUUGAGCGAUCGCUCAAAGACACAUCGGUUCUGACCAGAGCGGACUCACACGGAAGAAUCAACAGAUCGCUGGACAGCUCCUCUUCUCUUUUGGAUGAGUCUACGACUGAACCACCAUCUGAAAGCUUUGAGACAGGACGAGGAGACUUGAGCUCAGAGGUAUCGACUUAUGAAAGUCACACAGACAAGGACGACUCCGGACCAGGUGUGCAUAAAGAGUACAGCGGCUGGAGACGCGUAGUUCCUCUGUGCGCACCUCCACCUGCUUCUGAAUCAGUGACGACAGGUGGAGAUGUCUCGUCAAUUUCAGGUGAUCAACAGUCUCACCAAGAAGGGAAUUUGGGAACAGAUCCAGUGUCUCCAACAGAUUCUCAAAAAGGUGAUUUCUUAAGUCCAAUGUCUCCAGACUCCUCUGUUUUGUCAGGCUCAGGUCUUCAACCCGAGACAGAGGGUCUUUCGGAGACUGUUUUGGGACAGUCCCCAACUGACUCUGAGCCAAGUGCUCUCUCUGCUCCUUCAAAAGACAUCAAACAGGACACGCCUGUCUCUGAGAAGACCACAGAUGCCCUGUCCUCCCCGAAAACCACUAGACUCUCUGCGGCUACAUCCAGCGAGCGAUACCAGCUGCCCGCCCUGUUCAGCGGUCUACGGGUGUUGAAGAAAGGGGCGGUUGGAAACGAGAGGGAAACUGUUUCUGAAAUCAAACAGAGGGAUACAGACCGAGCGCUCCUGAGCCUUAAACAACAUGUCAACAAAGCCAAACUUGAACAACUAACUAGCACCAGCAUUCCAAAAAAGAAAAGUGAACCAAAAACGCUGGCCGAAACCGACAGUCGCUUGCAGAAAUUGACAAACAUUGACGCCACCCAGAAUAAAGAAAACUCAAAAGAGGAUGUUGGUGACCCAAACGCAGGAAAGGAGGGAGUGUCUGUGAGCAAAACAAAUGUUAGCGUCUCACAAAAUGACAGCAGCAAAGCUUCAACACUUUCAGCAGAUUCAUCAUUUGAUGCCUUAAAGUCCAAAUUAUUCGGUUCUAAACCCGUAAAGAAAGAGUCUAUUGAUGUGUCGCUGGAUCUGGAUGCUGUGAAGAGGAAAAAGAAAAGUGAGAAAGAACUGCUGAGGUCAAUUUUUGAGAGACAGCUGAGUAAACCUCCAGUCUCUGACAUCAAGAGUCCCACAGAGGUCAAAUCAGAGGUCACGUCCCCAUCAGAUGGUGAGGAUCGAACCCCUGGACGUCUUCAGGCCGUCUGGCCACCACCCAAAUGUAAAGAUGCAGAGGAGAAGGUCGGACUGCGCUACACUGAAGCAGAGCACCAGGCCGCUCUCCUGCAGCUGAAGAGAGAGAGUAAAGAAGAGCUGGAGAAACUGCAUGCGGACUUUGAGCUGCAGAUCUUCCAGGUUCGCGGAAAGCAUGCGGAGGUCGUGUCCCGUUUAGAGUCGAUCAUUGCGAGGAUGCAGCGCGAGCAGGCGUGUAACUGCGUACAGGAGCGCGGCGAGCUGCUGGAGGCGUGUGUGUCAACUGAGGAUAAUGUGCCGCCCAAAAGCUUCCGUAACGUGUGCAUUCAGACCGACCGUGAGACUUUCAUCAAAAUGCCCGAGGGUGAUGUCACCAUACCACCGCUCAUCUCCAGUGCCAACAUGCCCAAAAGACUGGACCUGGACUCUAUAACCAUGAGUUUGGGUGUGGGCCCCGGACCUCCUCUACCCCCUCCUCCUCCCCCUCUUCCAGGUCAACCCUGUGCCCCCCCACCCCCUCCUCCUCCCCCUCAUCCAGGUCAACCCUGUGCCCCCCCACCCCCUCCUCCGCCCCCUCUUCCAGGUCAACCCUGUGCCCCCCCACCCCCUCCUCCGCCCCCUCAUCCAGGUCAACCCUAUGCCCCCCCACCCCCUCCUCCACCCCCUCUGCCCGGGAGCUCUGCCCCCCCUCCUCCUCCACCCUUACCUGGAUUCACACCUGGACCGCCCCCACCUCCCCCCUCUGGAGCUCCGCCUCCUCCUCCGCCACCACCAGGCCUGCCAGGAGCCCCCCCACCUCCUCCACCCAUGCCGGGCUACAGCACCCCUCCUCCACCUCCGGCCUUUGGGGGUUUUGGGUUUGGGCAAGUGGCAGAUAAAGCACCACGUAAGCCCACCGUGGAACCGGCCUGCCCCAUGAAACCGCUCUACUGGACCCGAAUUCAGGUUCAGGACAACAAUAAUGAUACACUGUGGAAUUCUCUGGAAGAACCAGAUCUCAUAAACACCAAAGAGUUUGAAGAUCUCUUCUCGAAAGCCACCGUACAGCCAAAGAAGAAACCGCUGGCGGACACGUACGAGAAGAAGAAUAAAGCCAAGAAGAUUAUCAAGCUGCUUGACGGCAAGCGUUCUCAGGCUGUGGGAAUAUUAAUAUCCAGUCUACACCUCGAAAUGAAGGACAUUCAACAAGCUGUGCUGACUGUGGAUCAUUCAAUAGUUGAUCUGGAGACGAUUGAAGCUUUAUAUGAAAAUAGAGCUCAGAGAGAUGAACUGGAGAAGAUCAAGAAACAUUACGAGACGUCUAAAGAAGACGAGAUGAAACUCCUGGAUAAACCUGAACAAUUCCUGUAUGAGUUAUCCCAGAUUCCUGAUUUCGCCAGCCGCGCUCACUGCAUCAUUUUCCAGUCGGCCUUUGUGGAUUUAAUGUCCUCUGUCCAUCGUAAGGUUGAGGUCAUCUCUACUGUGUGCAAGGCUCUUCUGGAGAGUGACAGUGUGAAGGAUGUUAUUGGUCUCGUUUUGGCUUUUGGAAACUACAUGAACGGUGGAAACAGAACCAGAGGACAGGCGGACGGAUUUGGACUCGAGAUUCUUCCAAAGCUGAAAGAUGUCAAGAGCAGGGACAAUCGUAUAAGUCUAGUGGAUUAUGUGGUGUCCUACUACCUGAGGAACAUGGAUGAGAAUGCAGGAACUGAUAAGAGCGUUUUCCCAUUGCCUGAACCUCAGGAUCUGUUCCACGCCGCACAGGUGAAGUUUGAAGAUCUCGCAAAAGACCUUCGCAAGUUAAAGAAGGAGCUGACAGCUUGUGAGAAGGAAGUUCUGCAGGUGUGCGAGAACUCUUCUGAAGAACAUCUCCAACCCUUCAAAGACAAGAUGGACACCUUCAUCAGAACAGCACAAUCAGAGUAUUCAGCUGAAGACGAGCGUCUACAGGUGGCACAGAAAAGCUUCCUGGACGUGGUCACAUACUUUGGGCUUAAACCCAAGUCUGGAGAGAAGGAGGUAUCUCCAAACUACAUCUUCAUGCUGUGGUUUGAGUUCUGCAAUGAUUUCAAGAGCACCUGGAACCGUGAGAGUAAAAACAUCUCCAAAGAGAGACUAAAAGAAGCUCGUCAGACUGUCCAGAAAAUCACAGCGGAGAAGAAAGUGGAGACGAAGAAGAUCAACGCAAACAGUCUGAAAGAGCGACUGCGCAAGAAAGAAGCAGGUGUGUCCUCAAGCUGAGAGUAAAGACAAAAUACAGAGACUGGAGAAAGGAGACGGAGUGGACGAACAUCAAAUUGUUUCAUGAGUGGACAGAUGAGCGUUCGUCAAACACUGAAACUCAAUCGACUGUGUCACUCAUUAUGUCCUGUGAACGGCCGCGACGAGGGUUCAGAGAACUCGUGUGUGUGUUUCACCAUACAGGAUAAUAAUGAUCUACUGUAGACGUGUGAUGAGGAUGCUCUUACACCGGUUGGAUGAUCUUCUCCAUCUCAGAUCAGCAGUGAUGUUGGUGCUUUAUGCACUUGUGUUGGGUUUAACUUCAAAAGGUGGAACCUUUUAGCUACAAAACCAGGUAAACUGCACUUAAAAGAGUGCAAUAUACUGAAGCGAGAGCAGUAUACUGCGUGAAAUGAAGGCUCACCUGACCUCUGGGGUUUCAGCGAACUUGUCUGAGUAAGGACGAAGUAGAGAGAAUUCUUAAAAGUCUUAAAUGUAGGUCACUUCUUGGGCGAAGUAAUUUACUGCUAACGAAACUUGUCACUUAGUGUCACAAAGCAUGACUGUUGAAAUGUGUCAUCUAUAUUAGUCUUGAACCAAACCGACAUCUACUGACAUCUACUGUCCAGAUAUCAAUAUACAGUAUAAAACACAGUGCCUCAUUUAUGUCAUCGUCUAUAAUGACAAACCUAAACGUCAUCUAGUGAGCAGUUUCUGUAUUGUUUAACCAGGUUCAAUACAAGCUUUUGCAUUUGUCGGCUCCGUCCCUUCUUUUCUUUAACCUCCUGAGACCCCGCGUCCACAUGCGUGGACAUUACGUUUUGGUGUCGCUAUACACAACGCAUAAUUUAAUUGAAUUUAAACUGACUGAUCUCAGUUCAGGAGUAAAGGGUUAAACUUUCGACACACAGAGUCAUGUGACAAAACAACAUGGUGCCGAUCACAGCGGAGUUUGUCUUUGGGGGAAAUGCCAAUAAAACUACAUCUGGUAAGAAAUCUCAUUAAGUUUUUACAUUGAAACCUGUUUGAAUCAAAAGAUUAGAGUCUCUAGUUUCAUCAGAUAUGCCAUUUUUAAAAUUUGAGUGAUUUAGCGUGAAACAGCACGCUGAGAAACACAAUGACCACAUUCGUGGACUGUAUGCUCCUUUAUUCACUGUCUGUGUAUUAUCACAAUGAGAAUUAAUGGAUUCAUCCAAACACUGAAAAAUGUGUCUUUCAGAGGCUUUAUAUGGAGUUAGGAUGAAAAUAAGGUGCAUUUCAAACUGUUCUGAGACCAGUGCAGACAGACAGCACACUGGAGGUUAAGUCAUUCACUAAAUAGGGAGCAAGGGAGCAUCCUAUAGCUCUCUAUGCAGUUAAGUGCAUUCACUCCUAAAAUCUGAUCAAAAGUUCAGUUUCAGGCUGCAGAUGAUGUUUGGAUCACUCAACAUGUUUGACAGACAUGUGACAAUGAUAAUCAGUACAUAGAUUCAGAAUUUAUAAUGUAUCAUUUUAUUUUAACAUGGUUGACAGUGAUUGGAUGAUGCUGGACAUUACUUUGAAUCAGAAUUAAUCUUGAUAAUUUCUGACGUCUCAAAAACAUGAAUAAUCAACACUCCUGGAAACAUAAGAAACUAUUUGAUGAAAAAAAAAAAAAUCUGGGGCCUGGGUAUCUCAGCGAGUAAAGACGCUGACUAUCACACCUGGAGUCUCGAGUUUGAAUCCAGGGCGUGCUGAGUGACUCCAGCCAGGUCUCCUAAGCAACCAAAUUGCCCCGGUUGCUAGGGAGGGUAGAGUCACAUGGGGUAACCUCCUCGUGGUCGCUAUAAUGUGGUUCUCGCUCUCGGUGGGGCGUGUGGUGAGUUGUGCGUGGAUGCUGCGGAGAAUAGUGUGAAGCCUCCACAUGCGCUAGGUCUCCACGGUAAUGCGCUCAACAAGUCACGUGAUAAGAUGCACAGAUUGACGGUCUCAGACGUGGAGGCAACUGAGAUUCGUCCUCCGCCACCCGGAUUGAAGCGAGUCACUACGCCACCACGAGGACUUAGAGCGCAUUGGGAAUUGGGCAUUCCAAAUUGGGGAGAAAAGAGAGAAAAUCCCAAAAUGAAAAAAAUCUAACUUUCUAUAGUUUAGUAUUAUUUAAAAUUUCGCAACUUAGUCCCGUUGUUCACAUAUGAGGACGUUGAUUUUUAGGAAAACUAUUUGCUCUGCAAAUUUUGUUUGUUUGUUUGUUUGUUUGUUUAUGAAAUGGAAAAAGCUCACAGCAGUCACGCUCGGGUCUCAGGAGGUUUAAAAAAGCACAAAUGUGUGUUCCAGUGAGACACUUACAAUGGAAGUCAAUGGGGUCAAUCUGUAAACAUUAAAAUACUCACUGUUUCAAAAGUAUAGACACAAGACAUAAACAAUAUGUGUGUUAACAUGAUUUUACUGUGAUAAUAUCACUUACUAACCACAUCUGUGUGACGUUAUAGACAAUUUUAUAACUUUAUUACCAUGAUGCAAAAACGCUGAUUUAAACAACUUUACAGCUCCAAUAAUACACGAGAUUUAACAGAAGAAUUAAUGUAAGUGUUUUUAUAACAUUAUAAUCUUCACAUUUCUGACUUUAAACCCUCUAAAAAUUGACCCCAUUGACUUCUAUUGUAAGUGUCUCACUGGAACACACAUUUGUGCUUUUAUAAAGAAAAGGAGGAACGAGUCCAAACUAAUUUUUGUGGUGAUCAACAUUAUGACACAAACGCUGUCGAUUGAGCUCAACUUGUAUUGAACCCGGAAUAUUCCUUUAAGUGCUAACAUGAUCUCAUCUGUAUUUCUACUUGAAUCACAUCGCUCGCUUGUCGAGAUUUCAAACCCUUUGUUGUUUUUAGCCGUUUUUGACCUAGAUGUUUUUCCACAUUUUCCUUAUGCCAAAAUAAUUGCACUUUGAAUGCACCUCAGUUAUGACGUCUAUGCAAUAUCUUGUGUUUGAAGAAGUGUGGAAAUCAUAUCAGCUUAGAAGACUACUGAAGUCAUGAUGUAUGUUAUGAUGAGGAAUGUGCUAAUAUUCACCCCUACACAGAGUAUAUUUAUAUUUUGACAUUUUUUUAUAAGUGCAAAUGAGUGAAUGACAUACUAAAAGCCCUGUUUAUCAAGACAACCAAGGUUUUUAUUUACAUUUAUAUUGAAUUAUUUCAUGACAAGCUUAAAUGUAUCACGAGUGUCAGUAUCACAGGUGCUUCUCAACACAGUACAUUUGUGUUUUAAAUCCAAACUCCAAAAAGUUUUGUGUGAAUUUGCUGAUUUGGGGGCCAAUGAUUUUGUUCUUCUUUAAAGUUUAUUUAGAUACUUUUACAUUAUUAGGUGCAAUAAACUGUUUUAUAGAUAUCUCCAAAAGAAAAGAAUUGACAUCAAAGAAUUCUCAAAUGAAGAAGUGUCUUCUGAUUUUUUUGCACAUUGUUAUUUUUAUUAUAUUCUAACAUAUUUAUUCUUAAAAAAUGAAAUCUGAAAUGAUAAAAUGUGCUGUUUGAAAGAUAUGAGAAGUCUGACAUUCCCUAAAAACUCCCAAGAGAAAUGCUGCUUUCAUAACCACAUGUAACCAGUGUACUCAAUGUUAUUGGCUACAUUGGUUUAUUUGUUGUUGUUGUUUGUUUGGUACGUUCAAUUAUACAGCUUAUAGUUUCUCUGAGUAAAUUGAAAGUUCUUCUUCUUCAUGUCAAGAUUGGAUGAAACUUUUGUGUCCCAGUAAAUGCCAAAUAAUCCAACAGGUAAAACCAGGAGAUUGAAAUGAAAUUAGUUUUGGAUCUUUGUGGGGGAAAAAAACAUGCAGUUUAGAUUUUCUUCAUGAAGUUUCUGUUUUAAAAGAACCUCCAGCUCCUAAAAAUAAAGACUCGUACCAUCUAAAGAA